GGGAGCCGUGUAGGACACAUAUUAGCGGCUAAUCAGACCACAAGUAAGAUAAAAAGAUACUCUGUAUUAACACUGAUGAACAGAAAAAUCUGUUUAAGCAAAUCUGUGGAGUGUGGAAUGCACCAAUAAAGCCAUUGACUGAUAUAAAUGCUUUAGCUGGACAUAAAUUUAGAACUAACCAAACAAAGAAAAGAAAUGUCAAAAUUUCAUCUUUCUUUGACCAACCUCAACGGCUCAAGAACGUGGUCAGAUUUCACGGAAACCCACACCCGCACUACAGAUUGGUUGAAAAUGGAAAUUAAGAACCUUUAGACUUGUUUAGAGAUAGAAAGAGAGUCAAAGUAGAAAUCGCUAAGCAUCGUCUUGUUUAGGUGUUGGUGGUAUGGCCAGUUGAUUUAUGAUAGUCUUUGUGGAUGAUAUAUCCUGCGUAGUAUUUUUUUCAAUCAAAGAAAAGGGCCUCGCUUUAAGCUGCAACUCCUGCCCCGCCGCCCAGAAGAAACUGGAAUCUGGAUUUUUUUUUAGAUUGGGGUUGGGAAAAUGGGCAACCGAUUCAUUUGCAUGACUAAGAAGGACUCCAGGGAGAAUGGGCGGAGCAACAGCGCAGUCGGGUCGCGGAGCAAGAGGGUGGAUAGAUCGAAGCGGAGGUCGCUGAUGGAGGAGGAGUUGCUCCACAGGCAAGCCUUGUCUAUGGCAAUUCAGCAGCAUCAGCAGCUGUCACAGAGAUUCGACCCUUCUAUGUCCCGCCGGAUUGGGUCCACCAGCUCUCGCCGCCGCAACGAACUGUCCGAUUCCCUUCCUGCCCCCGCCAAGCAGUCCUUGGAAUUCUUGGAGAGCAUCAAAACAAAGAGGGUUGUUUUGAUACACGGAGAAGGUUUUGGAGCUUGGUGUUGGUAUAAAACUAUUGCGUUAUUGGAGGAAACAGGUUUGCUCCCUAUUGGUUUUGACCUUACCGGAUCUGGCAUUGAUCUGACUGAUACAAACAGUGUUGCAACACUGGAAGACUACUCAAAGCCAUUGCUUGAUUAUCUUAAAAGCUUACCAGAGGAUGAAAAGGUGGUUUUGGUUGGUCAUAGUGCUGGAGGGGCUUGUGUUUCCUUCGCCUUGGAGCAUUUUCCACACAAGAUUGCUAAAGCAGUCUUCAUAUGUGGUACAAUGGUGUCUGAUGGACAGAGACCUUUUGAUGUGUUUGCUGCAGAGCUUGGUUCUGCAGAACUUUUCAUGCAGGAAUCAAAGUUUUUAAUCCAUGGCAAUGGUAAAGAAAAGCCGGCUACUGGCUUCAUGUUUGAAAAGGAGCAGAUGCAUGGGUUAUAUUUCAAUCAAUCUCCAGCAAAGGAUAUUGCUUUAGCAAAGGUUUCGAUGAGACCAAUUCCUCUUGGUCCAAUGAUGGAGAAGCUGUCUUUAACUCCCCAAAACUACGGAAGUGGUAGGAGAUUCUAUGUCCAAACAUUGGACGAUCAUGCCCUUUCACCAGAUGUCCAAGAAAAGAUGGUCAGGGAAAACCCUCCAGAAGGGGUCUUCAAGAUCAAAGGAAGCGACCAUUGCCCAUUCUUCUCAAAGCCGCAAUCGCUGCAUAAAAUUUUACUUGAAAUUGCUCAGAUUCAGUAGAACGAACCUGAUAUCUUCAGCAGAAUGCCUGAAACUGUUCAGCUCAGCAGGGUUUGAUAUCUUCAAAACAAACACAAAAUUCUUUUGCCCAUAGCGGCAUAGCAUAGCAGAAAUAGCUUUAUAUCUGGACUUCUUGACUUCUUGUUCUUUUCGUAUGUAAGUCAAAAACAAAUGUGCUUUUUGUUCUUGUAGUCCUGUACAUCUACACAAACCUGUUCUACCAUAGUACCAUAUAUUACACGUAAUAUGUAUCAUAUCAUGCUUCUUUUUUUGUCCUUCACUCUUUCUUGUGUGAUCG